UGAAGGCAAUAUUUAUAGGCCAAUUCAAAUUAUUAAUCUAAAGAUAAAAUUGAUAAAAUUUAGUUUUGAAUUGCACGUUCACGACACAUUUUGAAUUGCCCACUAAUCUCUAACAUGAGUAAUCUUAAUUUGUAAAAAGGGCGUCUAUUCCUUACUGAUCAGUGCUGUCUCAUGCCGAUACCCUUUAUUUUCAUAACUAAUCUUGUUUGGUUUAAAAAUAAUCAGUUUGCCCAACCGAAGAAGCACCCGCAGUAAUUGCAAUUAAUUUAGAGUGCUCCUAGAUAAAUUGCUACAAUCAAAAAGCAGUUCAUGUGAGAAAAUCCCUUGCGAUGCAACCGAGCAGGUAGGGAGGACUCUCCGAGAGGAUGCACCACCACGGGUAUAAAAGACCGAGCAGAUAGACCUACAGCAUCAUUCGAACAACAGUUCUUCAUCCGAGCAGAUCAUCAGCAAUCAUCCAGCAAAAUGUUCGCCGAAACAGCUCUUAUUUCCAACUCAAACGGAGUGUUGGAGAAGCGAUCCCUCACCGGCGCCUCCACCAACAUGAAGAAGCUGCUGAAGACCAUCAAGAAGAUCUUCAAGAACCCGAAACCUUCCAAGGAGAUCCCGGUCUCCAACGUCCUUUACUCCUGCGCCACCGAGGAGGAGCACCAGAAUUGGCUCAACGAACAACUGGAGGCCAAGGCAACCAGCCUCCUCUGCUAAAUACUUCCGGGGCAUUCUCCUCCAUCGAGUAACUGUGAUGUGACCCCACUGAAAGGUCUAUAAAUCUGCACUUCGGCUUUAACUCCAACUGUGAUGACGAGAACACGAGACUGGCUUGUGUGCCUUGGAAGCGCCCAACCUCGACGCUUCCGCCAACUGUACAUAUCAACUAGCUGCUAAAAUGUCUUCAAUAUUGCUUUAAUUUAGGCUAAGUCCGUAGCUGUAAUCAUUGUCUUCCACUAGAGUUAAGCGAAUCAUUGUCUUCCAUGUUUGUUUGUUUAGGGUCUAAAAAAUAGCUUAAGAAUAAAAAUCCCUCGAGGAAAAAAAACAA